AUGGUUUCGAUCAUGCAAGGAGAAAAGUAUGCCAAUUUACUGAAAACAAUUCCACUAUCAAGUGACACUGUUCAUCGUCGUAUCAAUCUACUCGUACUUGCUGAUGAUAUCAAAAUACAACUUACAAAUCGCGUGAAAGGGAGUCCCUAUUAUGCUAUUCAGCUGGAUGAAAGCACUGAUGUAGCUAAUGUAGCUCAACUUCUGAUAUUUAUCCGAUACCGUAAUGAAAACGACAUAUGCGAAGACGGCGCAGCUGCAUUGACCGGCUCCAAAACAGAAUUCAAAGCAAAAGUAACUGAGAUUGCACCUCACGUAGGCUUUGUUCACUACGAAAUCAGUGCUGAAAACUACGAGAUGUUUGCAUGUUUGGAAAAAUUUUCUGAAGAAAACAAUAUAAAGCUCGAAGAAGAAAUUAAAACCAAAAUCAUGAUGCAUCUUACAAACCUUAAGCAAGACUUGGAAAUAAGAUUCCCAGAUACGUCACACGGCGACCAAUGGAUAAUUAAUCCAUUCACUUGUGAUCUUAAUAAUGUGAAGAUGAACUUAAAAUAA